CGCCCCCACUUCGGCGCCAAUUCGAUCGCCCGCAAGUUUCAGUCAAUCAUGAAUUCAUCCAUUCGUCUUCUUUCCUCCUCUUAGAAAAAAAAAUUCACAACCACCACACCUCAAGCAAACCAUCACAAUGAGCGCGCCUUCCUCCAACUCACUCCGCGACGAUCCCGUCGCAUCCUCCACCACAAACCCAGACAGUCAAACAAAUUCAUCCGCCGGCCCUCCCCACCAUAGCGCCGCCGCCGCCGCCGCCGACGAUAGCGACGACUACACCUCCUCCUCCGGCCCCAGCGACAGCGAAGAAGAAGAAAGCGACAACGACGAGGAGAAUGUCCCCGCGACCGCGACCGCGACCCCGCCCCGCGCCCCGCGCCCCGCGCACAACCCCUCCUCUGCUGCCUCCGCGGACACCUCCAUCCCCCGCAUUCCAGCCCUUCCCAAACCCAACAUCCACCGCAUCCAGCAGACGCCCGACCUCCUCUCCCGGCUAUCGGCCUUCCUGCCGCAGAUGAAGACCGCCAAUGAGCAGCUCGAGCGCGAUAUCGCCGCCGGCCGGGCGAAGGAUAUCCGGUUGGAUGAUGCGAUGGAUGAGGACGAGGAUGAGGACGGGGGAGAGGAGGAUGGGAAGCGGUAUAUCGAGAUGAACCUCGGACUCGGCGUGCUGGAAGAGAAACGGCCAGACGAUGAGAUCUCGACCGCCGCGCCACCGGGCAACGAGGAGACGGUGCUGGCUUCGCGGCCUAAGGACUCUGGGGUCUUGGAUACCUUGAUGGGUAAUACGGAUGCUGCGGCCGCGGCGGCGUCGAAGCCCACGAUCGAGGAGUUGGAGAAGUGAAUCCUAUGUUUUCUGUUUGUGGACCUUCGAUUAAAAAAAGGUUGUGAAAAGUUAUCUGGGUAGAGAUCGGGUCUUUUUUUUUUGGUUUGCAUGGCAAGAGGGCGUUUGGGGUCGGACGUUUUAUCUUGCUACUUCGUGCGGGUUUCCUAGUGUCCUUGAAUUGGACAUCUUUUUUCUUUUUUUUUACUUGCUUGGCUUUUUCAUCAAGCGGGUGGAGGCAUGCUCUCGUGUUGACCUUCACAAUUACGUUUAUAGACUAUUUUUGGACUAAACAAUACUACGACCGAGUCUCAAAUAAUAAGCAAACAUCAAACAAUCAUGCCGAAGAAAAAGUCUGAUACAUGAACCAUAUACAGAAGUCCCAAGUCUACUCUGUUUAAAAGAGAUAAAAAAGUAAAGGCAGAAGAAAAAUGUGAUAUUGAUUAAUUAUACAGACCGCAUCACUAUCGUCCAUUAGGACACCUCCUUAACUCGGCAUGUCC